AUGAAGAACCUCUUCUCUUCUAUGAGAGUGGUGUUUUUGCUCUUUAAUCUGUUGUUAUGCUUCAAUGGGGUGGCUGUUUUAGCACAUACAGGGUUUGGCGAGCAGCCCCUUUCAAGAAUUGCGAUCGAAAAAGCCUAUCUUGCUCUUAAGGAUUCGAUCUCCAUUAAAGCCUCCCCUUCUGUUCUUGGGUUCAACGUAUGUAGUUUUGUUGGGUUUUAUUCGAUGCUCUUGAACUCCGAUGUUAAUGAUUUCAGCCGUGUUGUGAAAAAGCUGAGAAGGGGUGAGGACACAGAAUGGGUUAAUGUACAAAUUGAAAACGACGAGCCUUCAAAUGAUGAUUGGGUUGGUGUAUUUUCCCCCGCAAAGUUCAAUGGAUCUAUUUGUUAUACGGAAAACAACCGAAAGGAACAAGCUCCACACAUUUGCACUGCCCCAGUAAAGUAUCAAUUUGCGAAUUUCUCGAAUAUCGACUAUGCAAAAACCGGGAAGGCUUCACUACGGCUCCUGUUAAUAAAUCAGCGGGCAGACUUUUCAUUUGCAUUGUUUGGAGGCGGGUUAUCAAAUCCACAACUUAGGGCAGUAUCAAAUUCCAUAUCGUUUAAAAAUCCUAAGGCACCACUCUAUCCCCGUCUUGCUCAGGGAAAGUCUUGGAAUGAAAUGACAGUGACUUGGACAAGUGGGUACAACAUAGAUGAAGCUGUACCUUUUGUCGAGUGGGGUUUUAAAGGAUCACCUGCACGUACUGUCGGUUGGCGUGACCCGGGUUUCAUUCAUACAAGUUUCCUUAAAGAUUUGUGGCCAAAUACUGAAUACACCUACAAGAUUGGCCACAUAUUAUCGAAUGGCUCCAUUGCCGAGCGUGAUGGUUCGAAUGAGUAUAGCAAUUAUCAGCCUGGCUCGUUAAACACAACCGACCAAAUUAUCAAGGAUUUGAAGAAUAUCGACAUAGUUUUCCACAUAGGAGAUUUAGCAUAUUCCAAUGGCUACAUUUCCCAAUGGGACCAAUUCACAGCUCAAGUCGAACCUAUAGCAUCCAAAGUGCCUUAUAUGGUCGCUAGUGGAAAUCACGAGCGUGAUUGGCCAGGGUCGGGUUCGUUUUACGACACACCGGAUUCCGGUGGAGAGUGUGGUGUUCCAGCCGAGACAAUGUUUUUUGUUCCUGCUGAGAACAGAGCAAAGUUUUGGAGAUUUAGGAGACUUAGAACUCUAUUUAUUCUCAUGGUUGAAGGAAACGAUGGAGUGAAUAACAAAUGUGUCAACUCGGAAAAAUCUCGCUACUCGGGGACUGUGAACGGGACAAUACACGUGGUGGUGGGAGGAGGUGGGUCCCACUUGUCGGAGUUCAGCCCCGUCAGCGCCAGCUGGAGCCUCUACAGGGAUUACGACUGGGGUUUCGUGAAGCUCACGGCAUUCAACCAUUCGUAUCUUUCCUUCGAGUACAAAAAGAGUCGUGAUGGAAAAGUUUACGACUCUUUUACUGUCUCUAGGGACUACAGAGAUGUGUUGGCUUGUGUUCAUGAUGGCUGUGAAGCAACCACUUUAGCUUCUUGA